UUCAAAUGUUUUUAUUCUCUUAAUUCAAUUUGCUGUUUUUUUUUCAGUUUUCCUCUGUUGUCGAUGCCGAUGGGACCAAUGAUCCUGAUGGAUAAUCAAAUGAAUGGGCCAAUAUAUCAUAAUCAACAUCACAUACAUCCAGGACCACCACCGCCAAAUGGUUUGCCACUUCUUGCCGCUGGUCAUACUUCUUUAAAUCAGACGACUACAUCAAAUGGCCAACCAACAUUGAUGACAUCGUCAAUGAAUAGGUCACAAAGAUGCGGGGUGUGCAGAGGAUGUCAAUGUAAACCAUGUGGUCAAUGCACGUAUUGUCAAGAUAGUCCUCAAUUUGGUGGACCUGGUGUAAAAAAGCAGUCUUGUAUCGAACGCCGAUGCCUUCGCGUUCUAGAAAACCGGUUACAACGUGAUGCACCAUCAUUCAAAGCUCGUGUAGGUUGCAAUAACUGUGAGGAUUGCCGAUUGCCCGAUUGUCUUGGAUGCCUUGUUUGUCUUGAUAAAAGAUUUUUCGAUAAUCGCUAUAUGACUGGUGCUAUGUGCGCAAAAAAGCGUUGCAAUAAUGCGACAAGCAUAGAACUUCCGGCCACGCAAAAUGCCGAACUGCGACAGGUAAUGAUAAUUUCAUUAGGAAUUUAA